GUUUUGGAUCUUACACUGUUACUGCUGGUGUGAUUCACACCACCUUAGUGCCCUUGCACUCGCUCCCAGCACUGACGAGGACAGUUGGCAUGUGAAGUGUCAAAUGAGAUGUGUGUGGAAAUAUGCAGAGAGGAGUCACAGCUCAAAGAGCGAUCACUGUUCUAAAGCGGACGUCGGCGGAGGGUCCAUUAGGCCAUCAGAAUGGAAGAGAGGAGAGGAAAUCGGCUGACGCAGGAGCCGGAGUGAGACGGACGAACCCACCAUGAACCUGUGUCUCCCUUCUACGGUUUAAGAGCCAGCGGCGGGUGAAGUUGCCGGAGAGCGAUGGCUCUCUUUACUCCAUGGAAGUUGUCCUCGCAGAAGCUGGGCUUUUUCCUCGUGACUUUUGGCUUUAUUUGGGGGAUGAUGCUCCUGCAUUUUACCAUCCAGCAGCGAACUCAGCCCGAGAGCAGCUCCAUGCUGCGCGAGCAGAUCCUAGACCUCAGCAAGAGGUACAUCAAGGCGCUGGCGGAAGAAAACAGGAAUGUGGUAGAUGGCCCCUACGCUGGUGUCAUGACAGCUUACGAUCUGAAGAAAACUCUCGCCGUGUUGUUGGAUAAUAUUUUGCAGCGCAUUGGCAAGUUAGAGUCGAAGGUGGACAACCUUGUAAUCAAUGGCACAGGAACAAACUCGACCAACUCGACCACAGCUGUUCCCAGCUUGGUAGCACUUGAGAAAAUUAAUGUGGCAGAUAUCAUUAAUGGAGCUCAAGAAAAAUGUGUAUUGCCUCCUAUGGAUGGCUACCCCCACUGCGAGGGGAAAAUCAAGUGGAUGAAAGAUAUGUGGCGCUCGGAUCCCUGCUACGCAGACUACGGCGUGGAUGGGUCCACCUGCUCUUUCUUUAUUUACCUCAGUGAGGUUGAAAACUGGUGUCCUCAUUUACCUUGGAGAGCAAAAAAUCCCUACGAAGAAGCUGAUCAUAAUUCAUUAGCGGAAAUUCGUACAGAUUUUAACAUUCUCUACAGUAUGAUGAAAAAGCAUGAAGAAUUCCGGUGGAUGAGACUGCGGAUCCGGCGAAUGGCUGACGCGUGGAUCCAAGCAAUCAAGUCCCUGGCAGAAAAGCAGAAUCUUGAAAAGAGAAAGAGGAAGAAAGUCCUUGUCCACCUGGGCCUCCUGACGAAGGAAUCCGGAUUUAAGAUCGCGGAGACAGCUUUCAGCGGCGGCCCUCUGGGUGAAUUAGUUCAGUGGAGUGAUUUAAUUACAUCUCUGUACUUACUGGGCCAUGACAUUAGGAUUUCGGCUUCGCUGGCUGAGCUGAAGGAAAUAAUGAAGAAGGUUGUAGGAAACCGAUCUGGCUGCCCAACUGUAGGAGACAGAAUCGUUGAACUCAUUUAUAUUGAUAUUGUCGGACUCGCUCAAUUCAAGAAAACUCUCGGACCAUCCUGGGUUCAUUACCAAUGCAUGCUCCGCGUCCUGGACUCGUUUGGCACCGAGCCGGAGUUUAACCAUGCUAACUACGCCCAGUCGAAAGGCCACAAGACACCCUGGGGAAAGUGGAAUCUGAACCCGCAGCAGUUUUACACCAUGUUCCCUCACACCCCAGACAACAGCUUCCUGGGCUUCGUGGUGGAGCAGCACCUGAACUCCAGCGACGUCCACCACAUCAACGAGAUCAAGAGGCAGAACCAGUCCCUGGUGUACGGCAAAGUGGAUAGCUUCUGGAAGAAUAAGAAGAUCUACUUGGACAUUAUUCACACAUACAUGGAAGUGCAUGCUACCGUUUACGGCUCCAGCACGAAGAAUAUUCCCAGUUAUGUGAAAAACCAUGGUAUCCUCAGUGGGCGGGACCUGCAGUUUCUUCUCCGAGAAACCAAGUUGUUCGUUGGCCUCGGGUUCCCGUAUGAGGGCCCAGCCCCACUGGAGGCCAUUGCAAAUGGAUGUGCUUUUCUGAAUCCCAAGUUCAGCCCGCCCAAAAGCAGCAAAAACACAGACUUUUUCAUUGGCAAGCCAACUCUGAGAGAGCUGACAUCCCAGCACCCGUACGCUGAAGUUUUCAUCGGCCGGCCACAUGUCUGGACUGUUGACCUGAGCAACCAGGGCGAAGUCGAGGACGCGGUGAAAGCGAUUCUGAGUCAGAAGACCGAGCCCUACAUGCCGUAUGAGUUCACGUGCGAGGGGGUGCUGCAGAGGAUCAACGCUUUCAUUGAAAAGCAGGACUUCUGCCACGGGCAGGUGAUGUGGCCGCCCCUCAGUGCCCUGCAGGUGAAGCUCGCUGAGCCCGGGCAGUCCUGCAAGCAGGUGUGCCAGGAGAACCAGCUCAUCUGCGAGCCGUCCUUCUUCCAGCACCUGAACAAGGACAAGGAUGUGCUGAAGUACGAGGUGGUCUGCCAGAGCUCAGAGCUGGCCAAGGACAUCCUGGUGCCCUCCUUCGACCCCAAGAGCAAGCACUGUGUGUUUCAAGGUGACCUCCUGCUGUUCAGCUGUGCGGGUGCCCACCCGCGGCACCACCGGGUCUGCCCCUGCCGGGACUUCCUCAAGGGCCAGGUGGCUCUCUGCAAGGACUGUCUAUAGGGGCCGCUGGCCUGGCCCUGCGCGCACUCUGCCGGGAGGCAGUGGUUCCAGCCCGUCCUGGCAGAGCCAGGGGCCCACGCCAUUCAGGGACUCGCACCAGAGCCUGAACUUUUGGUGGAAGGUUUCGAUUUGGCAUCGCUCCUCCUGUGGUCAGAGCAUCACCGCGGAGCUUUUGCCCAAAACACGAGAGCAGGCGUCAGGCCGGGGCCUGACUUUCCUCCCCGGCACAACCUUGGUUCCUCUUUGAGGAGUGACUAUCGGGAGGACUGUCCGUGCAGCUGCUCCGGGCAGAGCACGCAUCUCAAGAUUCAUUCAGAACAAAACCAAACCAGAGGAGGAAUCGAGCUGGUUGGAGAGAACUUCGUAUGGGAACAUUCCUAAAUCCAUUAACUUAUUUAUUUGGGAGGGCGGGAGGGGGUCGGGAGAGGGCAACGAGGGAUUGAUCACAGGUCUUGUUCUUUUGAUUUUCCACUGUUUACCAUCCACCUUCACGAUGACAUUUUCUCUGCUUCGGGCGGACGCAGGCGGGAGAGACGGGGGUGGGGCUGGUGGCACCUGACUC